AAAAAGCUAACGGGUCACUAAGUCACUUUGUAGGUCCUUCUCCGUGUUUGACGUGUUUCGCAUUUCAAGGUCGAACGCAUUUUCGCCGGCCAACACCCAUGACUAAGUGAACGAGUGGUCGACCACCAGUGAACCCCCAUGAACCAGCAACACGGUGUCCAGUGGUAGCUCAGGUUUUCGCCCAAGUUAUUUAUGAGAUAGUCCAACGACAACCCCUAUAAAAAGGAGGAGACGGAGAGAGGCGAGAAGAAGGAAAGAGAAGCAAGGAGAAAAGGAAAAACAGAGAAAAAGCGGGAGUCUGAAGACGUAGAAAACUAAGAAGCAGAGGAGAGAGAAAGCUUUGUAUACACAGACACGCGACAACUAAAACCGCCAACAUGAACCCAGCCAAUAUGCAGCCAACCUUUAUGGGCUUCUAUAACAGCAUGGCCAACUGCUUCAGGAAGUAUACAGCGCCCCUGGGAACUCGCAAGCCCAACGGCACGGAGAGCAGCGAGGGGGCCCCGAGUGAGCCGGAGCAGGACCCCCUGGCCCAGAGUGCAACGCAGGAGGAGGAAGCCCAAAACCUUGGGAACCAAGUGACUGAGGAACCCGAGGAACCCGAACUCCCCGCGGAGCCCGAGCUUCCCCCCGAUGUGCUUCACAAACACGACGAGAACAUUGUGUUUAAGAUCCUCACACAGGAGUACGCGGACAGAGCGGUCGACCUCCUGUGCAACCACUUCUUCAAGGACGAGCCCCUAGGGAAGGCCCUCUACCUUGACAGUCCCAGAGAGGUUGACCACUGGCUCUCCAAAAUCCUGCCACACUUGAUUUCCCACGGCGUAUCUGUGAUGGCGAUAGACGAGUCUGCCGAUGGGCGCCUUGUGGGCGUGGCUAUCAACAGCAUCAAGAAGCGUGGUGACCCCCCGGGACCCGACGACUUUCUUAACUGGAUUAACCCUCAGAAGGAUCCUAAGAUGUACAGGAUCAUGUCCUUCUUACAACAGCUGGCUAGUGAUAUAGAUUUCUUCGGACAAUAUAGCGUCGAUAGGUUCAUGAGUUUCGAGCUCCUGAACGUGGACAAAUCCUACGGCGGUCGCGGGAUCGCCUCCAUGCUGGUGGAACAGUCGUGCAAGGUCGCUCGGGAUCAAGGUUUCACUUGCCUCGUGGUGGAGACGACAGGCAUCUUCUCGGCUAAAAUCUUUUCCCGCCACAACUUCAAGACCAUCCGAGAGGUCCAGUAUUCGUCAUACCGCCAGAACGGACUCAUCUGCUUCCCCAACACCGGCAUCCAUACCUCCGCCCGCGUCUCCGUCAGGCUUCAAGAACCCGCGAAUACCAACUCUUAGAUCCCCGAGUGUCCCACCUUAGGCCCACGUUACGCGACGAGCCCGCCGCCCUUUUGCCGCGAGACCAAUUCCAAAAUCCAUUAGCAAUAACAAUAGUGUAGAGAAUGACGUACAAUAAGAAUAACGUUUAGUGCAGAAGCGAACCCCAAAACUGAGCCUUAUAUAAUAUGUCAUAAGGCCUGCUCCAAGACGCUCUGUGAAGCAAUGGCCGGGUAAAAGUUGGGUUGCAUGUAUUAAAAUCGUGGCUCCAAAAAGUGGACUUCAUCAAUCAGGACUGUCUAUUCCGGUGAAUCUAAAGGUCUCUUGCGGUCCUCUCGUCGCAGUGGAAAAUAAAUACGUAGUAUAUAAGUAAUAUCACACCAAUAAUAUAAUGUUUUAGGGUAAACUAGAAAAUAAUUAAUCACCUCUGAACAUAAGUAUGAGGAAAUAUAUAUAUAUAUAAAAGAAUGUUCCAUGUAUCACAACACUGUAUGGGGUAAAGACUGAAAAGGCCUUUAUGUUCUUCUGCAUCUCCGACGAGCCCCACCUCGCUCGUCUCUUGUUCUUCCAUCAGUGCUAUCUGCCCUUUACUCUCCCGUGGGCGUACUACUCCUGUGUGUCAACUUGUCCGGAUCAUGUUUACAUAUCUACUACUAUUGUGACUAGUUCUCGUGUGUCUUCACGUUUGUCAAUUUCAUCUGUACUCGUCAUUGACAUCCUUCCCGUGUUCUUACGCCUCCUUUGUCUCCUUUUUCUCUCUGGACUGUUGAUCCUUAGUCAAAAUAUUCAGGUGUACCUAGGUGGCAAACUAUUGUUCUUGUUCUACUGAUGUGGGUGAGAAUCCAUUCAAAUUGACCCGAAUAUGGAAUGAAAUAAAUUAAAUUCGAACCUU